AUGAACAUAAAGCGUUUUGACAUUUAUCGUAAAUUGCCAAAAGACCUGACGCAGCCAACAACAACUGGCGCACUCAUCUCUAUAUUCUCGACCUUUUUUAUUAUUUUUCUUUUGGUUUCGGAAGUGCUCUCAUUUCUUCAAGAAGAAGUUAUCUCGGAGCUAUAUGUCGACGACCCAACAACUGGUGCGACCAUUCCGGUCAUCGUCGAUCUUGAAAUUCCGAACAUGGCCUGUGACUUCCUCGGCAUCGACAUUCAGGAUAAUCAAGGGCGACAUGAAGUGGGUUACAUGAAGAAUACGCGCAAAACAGAUAUUAUCAAUAAAAUUCAUGAUUUCAAUCAUAAAAUUAACAAACUAUUUUUUGGCGAAGAUCUAUCAGCUUUAGAGCUGCCUGGUAAUCAAACCACGCUCGCCGGCAAAUCGACACAAAAUGAAGCCGCGUUGUCAUACGACUACACGUUGAAAAUAGUCCCUACGGUUCAUACUGACAACAAACGACAAACAAAGUUCGGUUAUCAAUACACAGUUACCUCGAAGACUUUUAAAAAUACCCGCGGAACACCUGCUAUUUGGUUUCGAUACGAAAUUGCGCCCAUUACUGUAAAAUACACUCACAAGAAAAAACCAUUUUAUCAUUUGCUGACGACAGUCUGUGCAAUCGUCGGUGGAACCUUCACAGUUGCUGGAAUGGUUGACUCGAUGAUAUUUUCUGCACAUCAAGCUGUUAAAAAGGCUUCCGAAGGAAAACUUGGUUAA